AUGGGUCCUAUGUUUUCUGGGAAAUCGACCUCUCUCCUCCGCCGUAUCAAAAGUGUUGCGAUGGUGAAAUCGAGUAAAGAUACGAGAUACGCUAAAGAUUUGGUGGUGACGCAUGAUGGAAUUGGAUUCCCUUGCUCGGCUCUUCCGGAUCUUAUUUCAUUUCCAGAUAUAUUCGGACAGGAUGCUUAUGCCAAGCUUGAUGUGAUUUGUAUUGACAAAGUUCAGUUCUUUGGAGACCUUUAUGAGUUUUGCUGCAAAGUCGCUGAUGAUGAUGGCAAAACUGUGAUUGUUGCGGGUCUUGAUGGUGACUAUUUAAGGUGUUUGAUUCUAUGGUUUUGA